UAACCGCGGCUGGCCAGGCGCAUCGUCUUUUCACGGAAUAAAUAAUAAGAUGCCACGCGUGUGCCUGUUGCGUUCAUUCGGACGUCUCUCGCCCACUUUCUGUCACUGCGUCGAUUUUAUUGCGUUUUCUGAGCCCCGAAUUAAAAAAUGGUGUCUUCUGACGGUGGAGAUCGCCGUUCCAACGCGAAGAAGGAGAAACCGAAGAAACUGAAGAAGCUGAAAGAUCUGAAGAAGGAAAAGUCACAUCGAAAAAGAUUGAAGAAAGAAGAACGUAUGGAUAGAUUCAUGAGAUGGUUGGCACCUGCUGUCCCUCUAAUUUACUGUCAUACUCGGUUGCUCGAUGAAAGGACUAGCAUUCGAGCUGCACAGACUGCCUUAUCGGAUUUCAACGAGAGAAGGCAAAUUGAUGAACAGGGUCCUCACGAGGAGUAUGAGCUUGUUCAAGCACUUGGCUGUGUUUAUACGAGUUCACCAGAUGCUGCGUAUCCUUCUUCUAUGAAUUGCAACUUCAUUGCUAGGCCGAAAAAUAAAAGCAGUGAAUCCCUUGCGGUGGAGGAGGAUAAUAAGCUCUUUUUCGGGGAAUUGAAAUGUUUACAUCAUGAUCUUCUUGAAUUUCGCUGUAGUUUUUGCAGCAUUUUAGGGAAAACUGGUACUGUGACAGGGCUUUCUGGUUGUGAUUUAAAUUGUCGUUACUAUCCUAAACACAUCCAACAUCCUGAAGGAGGUGGAUUCAGAAUGUCUUACAAGCCUGCUAUGAUGGGAGAGCAUUCAUGAACUAUAUUGCUUUUGCUUCUGGAGUUUUUAGAAACUUUCUUUAGAAGUAUUGAUUUUUCAAAUAUUUUCACUAUCCGAUCAUUUUAGGGCGGAUGGUGAAAUUGGAGUUGUCUGAGGGAGGUCAUUGGAUCACCAGUCACAGAGAAAUGCAAUUUAAUUAAUUAGUAUGAUGAAUUUAGAUUUUUUGCAAUUAUAUUACUUACUAGGUAUUUCACCCUUGUGUUGCAUGGGAUGAAUUUCAUAUAUAUUGUUUUCUCUUGAACCUUAGAACUUAUUGAUAAUACAUUUCUCACAUGGUAUUAAUGAUGAUCACAUAUAAUCAGAGGUGGACUUACGGGUGAGCUGCAUUGGGCUCAGGC